GCGUGGGCGCUUUCACAGCCGCAACCUUCCGGGGGCUUGAGCGACUUUGUUCGCUUCCUGAAGGAAUUUGAAUUGCAGAGGCUUCCAGCCACGCCGCAGAAGAAGAAACGCGCUGCCAGGACGAGCCCGUGGCGCACACCAGGUCUCGCCCCAGAGGCAGCGACGCCCCAACUUUGGCCUCACGAGCCAGCUCCGCCAGCUCCGGCUGUGGCAGUGAACUUGGCUGCUGGCAGCUGCAGAUCGAGUUGCCCACAGCCUCCGAAUUUGCAACAACGCGGUGUGCAUGAGGGCUUCCCCACAAAUCCAGUGUGGACAGGCCAGUCACACCCCCAGCCCUUUCAGGAGGGCAUGCGCGCAGCACCUCAAGGGACAGCUUGGUCCCAGCAUCAGUGGCCAGGCUUGGGGCAGUGGUCGGAUCAGCCUCGCAUAUGGCCUCCACCUGCACGUGCAGGCGCCUCUGUGGGUUCACAGGGCCAACUCCAUGGCGGCUUUGAUCCCUUCCUGGCCCACAGCGGCCCGAGUAUGCCACGACCGGCUGAGGCGCACCCGGUCACAGCCGACCCCCGGCCAGCCUUUCUGUUCGAGCAGUUUGGCGGCCCACCGACACAUCCCUGCCACCAGCAAACCAAUGCUUGGGCACCCUUGCCGCAGCCUUGUCAGCAAGGUUUCAACCAAGCAGGUCAGCUCAUGCAUGUCCCGCAGGCGCAGGCAGAACCCGGGUGCGCACCAAGUCCCCCGGCAACCGACCCGCCUCGACACACAGGCCUUCCCCUCUUACCGCCUACAGGGACGGGCCCUCCCCUGGCCUCUGGUGACUUCGUCAGCAGGAAACGGCCAUGGGACGAGAUCAACCUUCCGAG